AUCCGGGAGCGGCUAGCUGUUCGUUCCCCCUCCAAUGCCGGCCACCCAUCACCUUCCCCUCCGCGCGCGCCCGUGCCCUCACCACCACAUCUAAUCGGCUAAUCAGCCUUCGGUCUUCCCCUUGCGUUUCUCCGCGCGCCCGACCUCCUUCGCUGCCCCAUGGACGCUACCCCGCCGUCGUCGCGGGACCUGUCGCCGCAGCCCCGGCGGCCGGCCUCCUCCGCGGGGCCCGCCAAGCGCGUGGGCCUUCUGCUCGGCCGCUACGAGCUGGGCCGCCUGCUCGGCCACGGCACCUUCGCCAAGGUCUACCACGCCCGCCAAGCCGACACCGGCGAGACCGUCGCCAUCAAGGUGCUCGAUAAGGAGAAGGCCCUCCGCAACGGCCUCGUCCCGCACAUCAAGCGCGAGAUCGCCAUCCUCCGCCGCGUGCGCCACCCCAAUAUCGUCCGCCUCUUCGAGGUCAUGGCCACCAAGUCCAAGAUCUACUUCGUCAUGGAGUUCGUCCGCGGCGGGGAGCUCUUCGCGCGCGUCGCCAAGGGCCGCCUCAAGGAGGAUACCGCGCGAAGGUACUUCCAGCAGCUUAUCUCCGCCGUCGGGUUCUGCCACGCCAGGGGCGUCUUCCACCGCGACCUCAAGCCCGAGAAUCUGCUCGUCGACGAGCGCGGCGACCUCAAGGUCUCCGAUUUUGGCCUCUCGGCGGUGGCCGAUCAGUUCCACCCCGACGGCCUCCUCCACACCUUCUGUGGCACGCCCUCCUACGUCGCCCCGGAGGUGCUCGCGCGCCGCGGUUAUGACGGCGCCAAGGCGGACAUAUGGUCGUGUGGUGUCAUCCUGUUCGUGCUGAUGGCUGGCUACCUUCCUUUUCAUGACCAGAACCUCAUGGCGAUGUACCGUAAGAUCUACAGGGGCGAAUUCCGGUGUCCGAGGUGGUUUUCCAAGGAUCUUAGCAGUCUAUUGAUUCGACUUCUUGACACGAACCCAGAGACCAGGAUCACCGUGGCUCAGAUAAUGGAGAGCAGGUGGUUUAAGAAAGGGUUCCGACCGGUCAGAUUCUACGUCGAGGAUGACCAAGUGCACAGCUUAGCAGACGGUGAGGAUGAGGUGCCGGAACUGGGGCCUAGUGAGCCUCCAACUCCACCUCCCCCGCCACCACCACAGAAAGAGGACGACGGUGAUGAUUCUGGUUGGGAAUCAGACUCGUCUGUAGCAUCCUGCCCAGCCACAUUGUCAUCAGAGGAGAGGAGACGGCCUGCUGGAUCGCUCCCACGGCCAGUAAGUCUAAAUGCAUUUGAUAUCAUAUCAUUCUCAAGGGGAUUCAAUCUGUCGGGGUUGUUUGAGGAGCGAGGCAAUGAAGUGAGAUUUGUCUCAGCACAUCCCAUGCAAACGAUUAUAACAAAAUUGGAGGAGAUCGCGAAGGUGAAGAGCUUUGCAGUUCGGCGGAAGGACUGGCGGGUUAGCUUGGAAGGCACGAGAGAAAGUGAAAAGGGUCCAUUGACAAUCGGGGCUGAAGUAUUUGAGCUCACACCAAGCCUUGUGGUCGUGGAGGUGAGGAUGAAGGCAGGGGACAGGCAAGAAUAUGAGGAUUUUUGUGAGAGGGAGUUGAAACCUGGGAUGCAGCACCUGGUGCACCAUACAGCCUCGGUUCCAGAUAUACCUUCUGAUACUGAUUAGCUUAAAAGGUAGUGUGCUCUUGAUUGGAAUGAUUGUGGUGAAGAAAUUUGGAUUGAAAGGAUGCACCUUUCUGUUUCAGCGUAAUCAUCUGUGCAGGAAAAUGUUAUUCAUAGAUUUCCUUAGUUUUUUUUGUUAAUAUUCUUUCUGCAAUCCAAAAUGUUUUGCGAUAGUAGUUUUGUGCUAAUACCAAUUUAUCAAAUUUUUAGUUGUUAAAGUUUAAAAUUAUCGCCAUUUUACUAUAGCAGUAUGAAAUCUAUAACUCUGAUGUUAUUGGCCAUGUAACUGUGCUACAAUUAUGUACAUUCAGCUUGUCCAAA